CUCUGUAAUAAGAAAGAAAAAAAGAAGAGUGUGGCUCCGAAACUCUCUUCUUUUUAUCUCCCAAUCCUUCCCUCUCUCCACACAUUCUCUCCCAUUUCCACACCUUCUCUUUCUCUCUCUAAACCCUUCACACAAACACUGCUUAAUUUCACACACUCACUGUGCGAUUCUGUGUGUAGGGAGAGAGAGUUCUGAUCGGUUUAGAUGGCGGUGAACUCGGUGGCGAACGUCCCGCAGUUACUCUACGCCAACGGGCAGUCACCGAAGAUUGUUGCGGGGAGUAAAGACGGCGUGUUUGUUGAUUUCUUCGGAUUGUACUGUAAAUCCAGCAAGCGUGUUCGUCGAAGGAUUGGUUAUGCGGCAGCUAAUAGGAGAAGCUUGAUAAACAACAAGUGGAAUGCAAUUAACGCUGCUCUUGACCUUGAACGUGUUGCCACUAAUGCAUCUCAGCAGUCCUCUGAUAUUGUGCCUAAGGUUGCCGACUUGGAUGAUAUAAUAUCUGAAAGAGGCGCAUGUGGGGUUGGUUUUAUCGCAAAUUUGGACAAUAAAGCAUCACAUGGAAUCGUAAAGGAUGCUCUUGUAGCUCUUGGCUGCAUGGAACAUCGUGGAGGUUGUGGAGCUGACAAUGAUUCUGGUGAUGGUUCUGGAGUGAUGACUUCAAUUCCUUGGGAUCUUGUCAACGAUUGGGCUGAGAAAGAAGGGAUUGCAGUCUUUGACAAGCUUCAUACUGGAGUUGGAAUGAUUUUUCUUCCUAAGGAUUGUAAUCAGAUGAAUGAAGCCAAGAAAGUUAUUUCCAAUAUCUUUAACAACGAGGGUCUUGAGGUGCUUGGAUGGAGGCCGGUUCCUGUAGAUUCUUCUGUAGUUGGAUAUAAUGCAAAAGAAACUAUGCCCAACAUACAGCAGGUUUUUGUUCGAAUUGUUAAAGAGGAAAAUGUUGAUGACAUCGAAAGAGAACUCUAUAUCUGUCGAAAACUCAUUGAGAGAGCUGUGAACUCAGAGAUUUGGGGAAAUGAACUUUAUUUUUGUUCGUUGUCCAAUCAAACUAUAGUUUACAAGGGAAUGCUUCGUUCUGAAGUCCUUGGGAGGUUUUAUUAUGACUUACAAAGUGAGCUGUAUACAUCGCCUUUCGCUAUUUACCAUCGUAGAUUCAGUACAAACACCAGUCCCAGGUGGCCUCUUGCUCAACCAAUGAGGUUUCUAGGUCAUAAUGGAGAGAUCAACACUAUUCAGGGAAACUUGAAUUGGAUGCAAUCCAGAGAGGCCUCAAUGAAAUCAACUGUUUGGCGUGACCGUGAGAAUGAAAUCCGUCCUUUUGGCAACCCGAAGGCGUCUGAUUCUGCAAAUUUAGAUAGUGCUGCUGAAUUACUCAUAAGAAGUGGACGAGCUCCUGAGGAAGCACUAAUGAUUCUUGUCCCAGAAGCUUAUCAAAAUCAUCCAACAUUGACUAUUAAAUAUCCGGAGGUUCUUGAUUUUUAUAAUUACUACAAGGGUCAGAUGGAAGCUUGGGAUGGGCCAGCCUUACUCUUGUUCAGCGAUGGGAAAACAAUUGGAGCUUGUCUCGAUCGUAAUGGACUUCGCCCUGCUAGAUAUUGGCGGACCAAAGACAACGUUGUUUAUGUUGCGUCUGAGGUUGGUGUGCUACCCAUGGAUGAAUCAAAAGUUACAAUGAAAGGACGUUUAGGUCCUGGUAUGAUGAUAAGUGUUGAUCUUUCAAGUGGUCAGGUAUUUGAGAAUACAGAAGUCAAAAAGCGAGUUGCAUUGUCAAAUCCAUAUGGGGAGUGGGUUAAAGAAAAUUUGCGAUCUUUGAAGCCUGUGAACUUUCUUUCGACAACAGUAAUGGACAGUGAAAUAAUACUAAGACGCCAACAGGCAUAUGGUUAUUCUAGCGAGGAUGUUCAAAUGGUUAUUGAAAGUAUGGCUGCACAAGGGAAGGAGCCUACAUUUUGCAUGGGAGAUGAUAUUCCCUUGGCUGUGUUAUCUCAAAAGCCACAUAUGCUAUAUGAUUAUUUCAAGCAGCGGUUUGCUCAGGUUACAAAUCCAGCUAUUGAUCCUCUUAGAGAAGGAUUAGUCAUGUCUCUUGAAGUCAAUCUUGGCAAGCGUGGAAAUAUACUAGAGGUUGGACCUGAAAAUGCAUCUCAGGUUAUUUUGCCUAGUCCUGUUCUUAAUGAAGGAGAGCUUGAAUCUCUGUUGAAAGAUUCACACUUGAAAGCUCAUGUUUUGCCAACAUUUUUUGAUGUUGGGAAAGGAGUUGAAGGGUCCUUGAAAAGGUCACUGUAUAAACUAUGUGAGGCAGCUGAUGAAGCUGUUAGAAAUGGUGCUCAAUUGCUUGUCCUCUCUGAUAGAUCUGAUGAACUGGAAGCUACUCGGCCUUCAAUUCCAAUACUUCUUGCUGUAGGUGCUGUUCACCAGCAUCUGAUUCAGAAUGGCCUUAGAAUGUCGGCUUCAAUUGUUGCUGAUACUGCCCAGUGCUUCAGUACUCAUCAGUUUGCUUGCUUGAUCGGAUAUGGUGCAAGUGCUGUGUGUCCAUACUUGGCAUUCGAAACAUGUCGACAGUGGCGCUUGAGCACUAAAACUGUGAACUUGAUGCGGAAUGGGAAAAUGCCUACUGUUACCAUUGAACAAGCUCAAAAGAACUUUUGCAAGGCAGUUAAAUCUGGCCUUCUCAAAAUUCUUUCAAAAAUGGGAAUCUCCUUGCUCUCGAGUUAUUGUGGUGCACAAAUAUUUGAAAUCUAUGGAUUGGGAAAGGAGGUCGUAGAUGUUGCAUUCUGUGGCAGUAAAUCGAGCAUCGGUGGAUUGACCCUUGAUGAGCUGGCAAGAGAGACCUUAUCAUUCUGGGUGAAGGCUUUCUCUGAAGAUACAGCAAAACGACUAGAGAAUUAUGGGUUCAUACAAUUCAGACAAGGAGGUGAAUAUCAUGGAAACAACCCAGAGAUGUCAAAACUGCUCCAUAAAGCUGUUCGCCAAAAGAGUGGAAGUGCAUAUUCAGUUUAUCAGCAGCAUUUGGCUAAUCGACCUGUAAAUGUUCUUAGAGAUCUUCUUGAAUUCAAAAGUGAUCGUUCACCUAUACCAGUUGGAAGGGUUGAACCUGCUUCAGCAAUAGUGCAGCGGUUUUGCACUGGUGGCAUGUCUCUUGGAGCUAUUUCGAGGGAAACUCAUGAAGCUAUUGCAAUUGCAAUGAAUAGAUUGGGUGGAAAAUCGAACUCAGGAGAAGGUGGUGAGGAUCCAAUUCGCUGGAAACCACUUACUGAUGUCGUUGAUGGAUAUUCUCCAACACUCCCACACCUUAAAGGUCUUCAAAAUGGAGAUACUGCCACAAGCGCAAUUAAGCAGGUUGCUUCAGGACGCUUUGGUGUCACUCCUACAUUUUUAGCCAAUGCUGACCAGUUAGAAAUCAAAAUUGCUCAAGGUGCAAAGCCAGGUGAAGGUGGCCAAUUGCCUGGUAAAAAAGUUAGCGCUUACAUUGCGAGAUUAAGGAAUUCAAAACCUGGAGUUCCUCUUAUAUCUCCACCACCACACCAUGAUAUUUAUUCUAUUGAGGAUCUUGCUCAGUUGAUUUAUGACCUUCAUCAGGUCAACCCAAGAGCAAAGGUAUCUGUAAAGCUUGUGGCAGAAGCUGGUAUUGGUACUGUGGCUUCUGGGGUGGCAAAGGGAAAUGCUGAUAUUAUACAGAUAUCAGGUCAUGAUGGGGGAACUGGAGCAAGCCCAGUAAGUUCAAUUAAGCAUGCUGGCGGUCCCUGGGAGCUUGGACUUACAGAGACGCACCAGACACUCAUAGAAAAUGGGUUAAGAGAAAGGGUUGUUCUUAGAGUUGAUGGUGGAUUUAAAAGUGGAUUUGAUGUCAUGAUGGCUGCAGCAAUGGGUGCAGACGAGUAUGGAUUUGGUUCAGUAGCAAUGAUAGCCACGGGCUGUGUGAUGGCCCGCAUAUGCCAUACAAAUAAUUGUCCAGUUGGUGUUGCCAGUCAGAGAGAGGAAUUACGAGCUCGGUUUCCAGGGGUUCCAGGAGACCUUGUUAACUACUUUUUGUAUGUUGCCGAAGAGGUAAGGGGCAUGUUGGCUCAACUAGGUUACGAGAAACUGGAUGACAUAAUUGGACGCACAGAUAUACUUAGACCCCGAGAUAUAUCAUUAAUGAAAACUCGACAUCUUGAUCUUAGUUACAUCCUCUCUAAUGUUGGAUUGCCUGAGUGGAGCAGCAGUAUGAUAAGGAACCAGGAAGUUCAUAGUAACGGUCCUGUUCUGGAUGAUGUUUUGCUUGCAGACCCAAAGAUAUUUGACGCGAUUGAAAAUGAGAAGGUGGUCAACAAGACUGUUGAAAUAUACAAUAUUGACCGUGCUGUAUGUGGUCGUAUUGCGGGUGCUGUGGCUAAGAAAUAUGGUGAUACUGGUUUUGCUGGGCAGCUGAACAUAACAUUUACUGGGAGUGCUGGCCAAUCAUUUGCUUGUUUUCUGACACCUGGAAUGAACAUCAGACUUAUUGGAGAAGCUAACGACUAUGUAGGAAAGGGCAUGGCUGGAGGAGAAUUGGUUGUAACUCCUGUUGAAAAUACUGGAUUUUGUCCAGAGGAUGCCACCAUAGUAGGGAACACCUGCUUAUAUGGAGCGACAGGUGGUCAAGUAUUUGUCAGAGGUAAAGCAGGGGAGCGUUUUGCUGUGAGGAAUUCUCUUGCUCAAGCUGUUGUAGAAGGCACUGGGGACCACUGUUGUGAGUACAUGACAGGAGGGUGUGUUGUGGUGCUUGGAAAGGUUGGUAGAAAUGUAGCUGCUGGUAUGACUGGGGGUUUGGCAUACAUUCUUGAUGAGGAUGAUACCCUUAUAUCUAAGGUAAACAAGGAGAUUGUUAAGAUCCAGAGAGUGGUUGCUCCGGUGGGUCAAAUGCAGCUAAAGAGCCUAAUCGAAGCCCAUGUGGAAAAAACUGGCAGCACUAAAGGCUCAGCUAUUCUCAAGGAGUGGGACAAAUAUUUGCUACUGUUUUGGCAAUUGGUUCCACCCAGUGAAGAAGACACUCCGGAGGCCAGUGCUGAAUACGAGCAAGCUGCUGCUGGGCAGGUCACUUUGCAGUCUGCAGAGAUACCAUUGAAGUAAAUCUCACAUGAGCACAGCCAUGACCAUGGUUCUAAGCAGGAGACAGUUUGUACAGGAAAGAAUGAUGUUGUCUCCACGGAAGGACGGUGAAGUCUGAGAGAUCAAAACUCUUAAAGGUGCAAGCAACUACCUUUGUUGAACAAAGAGCUGAUCUUUGUGAUGCUUCAGCAGCUGUACAGUGAUGCCGUAGAAACUCUAAAUUCUUGAUAAAUUAUGGCAUAAUAUUGCCGUUGCUACUAUUUGCUUAGCCGACGAACUUGCAAAUUCAGGUACAACGUUUUAGACCUGUUACUAGUUCUUGCCCCUCAUUUUUUUUCUUUGAGGUGGUUUUCAUGCUCGUGCUUAAUAAGUUGUAACUUGUAUCAUGACAGUGACAAUUUCAUGAAUGUGUAAAUUAAAGUCAUCCAAGCAAAGAUUUGUUUGUUGGCGCAC